UAUAUCCAGAAUAAAAAUAAUAACAAGGGGAACUUUAAAUCAUUCUGUAUAGUCGGGAACGUGUGUGUAUUCAGGCCUGAAUUAUCACCUGCUCUGGAGGCUGAGGCAGGACACCUGUGAAUUGAAAAGCACUUGGACAGCUCAGAUGCUUUCUCAAACGAAACAUUGCCCAAAACAGUGCUGAAACCAUCCCUUGAGCAAAAGCCAUAUUCAAGCCAACCAAUUACAAAAGACUAUGUAGUGUUCUGCACCAGUAUUUCACUUUUUUGUUUCUCUUGUCCGCGUGGGGUCAUUGUCUGUUGCUUUGGGUUUUUUUUGUUUGUUUGUUUGUUUGUUUUGCUGUUGUUGCUUGCUUAAGGUGAGUUUUCAUUAAGAGGUUCUACUCGGACUGACCCCCACUCUUUGGGCUGGGGAGCACUGGGAUUACAGGCAUUCACCACCACACCUGGCUAUACUUGUCGAAGCUGUCUGCUGUGGAACACCUUGUCGCUGACCCUCCCUUCCACACACCUCGUCUUCCCUACGUUGCAAUUCACUGGAAGGCAUUCUUGCCAAGUCACUCUCGGUUGUACAGGCUAGGCUUGACCUUGGAAUUCUCUCUCGCCCCUGCCUCCCGGGGUGCUGGGACUGUAGACCGUUCUGCCAAGUACAAGGUCCUGAGGGCCGUGGUGCGUUUUUAGAGGGGAGAUGUUGUUUGAUCUGUUCUCUGCCCUCACUCCAUCAUCACAAAGUGGUAAGGUGUCUGAGUGCGGCAAAGAGUUGUGAGGAUCUACGUACGCCAGAGUUGGCGUUCUCCAUCUCCGACUUCCACGUGCUUGGUACCAAUUUCACGUGGCUUUUUAUACUGGCUGAGGAAACUUGCCCAAACGAAAAUGACACAAAGUCCACUUUGCGGAGUCACCCUGCUACCUCCUGAGUGGCCUCCUCUGUAGAACAGAGACGGUAGGUAAGGCAGGGUUGGACCUUGAGACAUUUCCUCUGCCGAGGUCCAGAGGCCUCGGAGCCAAGAUGAGAAACCUCCCUCACAAGAAGGCCGAGACGUCACGGCAGUCAGAGGCCACUUCCCACAGGGACUGGAGCUCAGAGGACGAGGGGCUUGAAGUGCAUGGGGUAGUGGUGCCCUGGUGCCCACAGGGGCAGAGGUGCGCUUUGGGGCCACCUGAGUCAAAAGUGGUGGUACAUUGCAAAGGAUCCCCUCCACGGCUGGAUGAGGAACUUGGCCCCGAGUUGGCCUCCCUAGGUCGGAGGUGGGCUCUGGAGCUUGGCCUGAAUUGGACGGCCCUUCCUGGACAUGACCCCAAAUCCUCCUCUUCUUGCAGGUUUCUCGGGAGGGAUGAGUACGCAGAGCCCACCGACUCUGUAUGAGCUGGCCAAGCAGAGCCUGCUGAGCGGUGAGACCGCAGCCAGCGCCGCUGUGUACGACCUGCCCACCCAGCUCUUCCAUGAGCUCUUCGUGGAGGCCUUUCUGGAAGACCGCAACGAGGCCCUGAAGGCGAUGGUGCAGGCCUGGCCUUUCCCCUGCCUCCCUUUGAGGACCCUGAUGGAUCUGAGGAUAUCAAAGACCCCUCUGUGGGUGUUGGAGCAAGGAAGAGUAGAAGAGAGAAACCUAGAGACCCUUGAAGCCCUGCUGGAUGGCCUGGACAGGCAGCUGUCCCAGAAGGUUCACCCCAGCAGGCGGAGACUGCGGGUGCUGGAUUGGAGGGACGUACACCGGGACUUCUGGACCUCACGGCCCGGGACCGUGAGAGUUGCCCACUCGGGGGAUGCCAGCAGCGAGGAAACGGGCGAGCGGGGGCCGAGGAAGAAGAAGCCGAGCCUGACGGUACUCGCGCAGCUCCAUUUUGAAUCCUGUAGUACCUAUGCCAACCACGAUGCGUUGCAGGUGUGUCUCUUGAAGUGGGUCCGGAAGAGAAGAGCCGCGGUACACCUGCUCUCUGAGAAGGUGACGAUCACUUCCUGUGCUGUCUUUCACGUGGUGAAGCUGCUGCGUGCUGUGCAGCUGGACUCUAUCCGGGAGGUGCAUGUGCUCAGCGACUGGACUCGCGAAAGCAUGCGAGCCUUCGUUCCUCAGCUCAAGAAGAUGAAGAACCUUCACACAUUUCGCUUCGGCAGCAUGGACCCAGACAAAUAUUAUUCACCCUCGAAAAACAAAUGGCAUUCCCGCAUCUAUGCUUAUCACUUAGGCCAGAUGCAAAGUCUCCGGGAGCUUCACAUAGAUAAGGUCUUCUUCUUGGAAGGAAAACUGCACAAGAUCUUCAGGAACCAGAAACCCUUGGAGGCCCUCUCCUUGAGUGCGAGUCCACUGAAGGAAUCUGACCUGAAGCACCUGAUCCAAUGUCCCACCACAAACCAGCUGAAGUCCCUGACUCUGAGGAAGUUCUCAAUGGAAUCAUUCAACUUGGACACCCUCCGGGCUCUGCUAGACAAAUUGUCCGGCACCCUGGAGACCCUGGUCCUAGAGCACUGUGGCUUCACAGACUCCCACAUCCUUGCCAUCUUGCCCGCCCUGCAUCGCUGCUCACAGCUCAAGACCUUCAGUUGCUUUGGGAACCCCAUUUCCCUGCGCACCGUUCGGGUCCUGCUGUGGGAGUCUGCCCGUCUCAGUCAGUUAACCCACGGGCUGUAUCCUGCCCCGCUAGAGAGCUAUGAUUCCAAGAUUUCGCACACAGUUGUGGACACUGAUUCCUUUGUCAUGGUCUGUGCUCGAUUGGCACGGGUUCUGAAGAAACUAAGGCCAUCUCUUAGGGUCCAGAUCUGUACCUACUUCUGUAAUUGCUGCAUGAAGUGCCAACUGUAUGGACUGGAUCCCAGCGGGAAGUGGGAAGUCACAGAGGAGUAUCGCUACCCAGGAGGUCAGCUUGGAUGUUACGUUUGUGAGGUGUGCCGGCGUACUUAUGAUAUGUUUUCCUGGUAGGCGUCCCCUCGGACGCUCACCGGUGGAUCAGUCCGCUGAGCCUAGAGCUCAGUGUGGUGCUGGGAGGUGAAGCCAGGUCAGCGGAGGUGGGCCACUGGGAGCGUGGCCUAGAAGGCUCUGUCUGUCACCGUCCUCUGUUAGUCCGUCUCUGCCGUGCUCCUUUCCGAGCCAACCCGUGACGUGAACUGUAAGACAGAGCAAAACUUUCUCUCUGAAACUGUGGAUGUCGCCUGCAGCGAGUCAGUGUACCACGGGAGCAAUGUGUUCAUGGGCCUAUGCGGGAGUUCGUCCCGUACUGCCGGUCCGGGGAUGAGCCCGAGGGGACCCUUGGCGGCGAGUGCGGUCGAACAGGUCCCACAGUCUGAGCACUGUGGAAGCUGAGGCUGAGGGUGUCUCCUCACGUUCCCGGGCCAGCCUGGGCUCCGUAGUGAGCC